AUGGCUGGUGGUGCUCAGCAAGGUGUUUUUGGUGGUGACACUGACAUUACAGGUUUAGGUGGUCUGCUUGGUGUUUCUGGUAAUAAUUUCUGUUUUGGUGGCGACUCAAAUGGUUCUACAAACCAAGGGGCAGGUGGUAUUGUGUUCAAUGAUUCUCAUAUAGACAACACUUUUGGUCAUGAGAUCCCAUUGACACAACUCUUAAUUGGAGGUAUGGAACGCCAUGAUGGUAAAGGGCCACAAUUUAGACACGAUUCACCAGGGGAUAAAUCUCAUGAAGGGGCCUACUAUCCUCAUCUUCAGAACCUUGAGACAGAGCCAUAUCGUGUCCAAUGGCCUGAGGUGAACCAUAUCGAUCAAUCUGCACAUACCACAACCCCCGCACAGCUAAGUCAAGUAGUGGACAUCAUUAGCACCCAUACAUUUCCCGAGGGAUGGAGUGAUUGUUGCUUGGCAAUUGAGGGAAGCGACAAAUCUCUACAAGUGGUUGCUAACAGAAAAGUCCUCAUAGAAAGCAGCACUGAAGUUCUUGCCAAUCAUAACACAUUGUUGCCCCCUGGUCAUCGUCGAGUCACCAUUACAGAAGAUAUUGUGCCAACUGCUCCUCUGCCAUGCCCAAACGAUGAAUUGCUUUUUGUAUGUCAUGCUAAGAGAUCUUAUACAUCUUGGCCUAAUAAUUUGAUUUUCCCCAAAAAGGCGAACAACCAAUCAGAUAAAGAAGUUGAUGUGACCACACCAUCCCCACAAUCUACAUCCUCCCACGCAUCAACAACUCGUAAGUAUGUUAUUACCGACAAGGAUCGUGAGAAGGUGACAUCUACUUUGAUGCAUGUUAUGAGAAAAAAAGCUAUGGGAAUGCAAAAGACCGGCGAUACCAUCUCUAUCACUAUUCCAGAGAGCAUGUUUCUUAAUGAAAAUGGGUUAAAUGUUUCACUUGAUUACGAAGACUUGCUUGAUUGGUGUUUCCAAAGGGAGGUUGGAGAAUCGCAAAUGAAUAUAUUCAUGAAGAUCUUGAAAGAACAUUGUCACAAAGAAGGUAUCUCGGGAAUGUAUGGGUUUUUUGACUCUAAUGUUCUAUCGCCUUUGACACCAACGACAAACGAGCGAGUUCGAUCUAGCUAUCUAGCUCGUGUUUUUGGGUGCAAUGAGGGGAAGAACUAUAAUCAGCUAUUCUUUGCUCCUUUUAAUGACAACUGUUAUUAGUCCGUGGAAUGGGUUGGUGUAUUGGCUAGAUCCACUUGGAGCAGAAAAUAAAAACAACUCAUUCGCUGAAAAGAUCAUCACUGAAGGAAUCAAACAAUUCAGCUCGGUCCAUCGGUAGGACAUCAAGAAAAUAAAAAAGAAUGCAUAUAUUAGGUGGGAGCAACCACAAUGUCCUCGUCAACCAGCAUACACCAAGUAUUGUGGAUACUUUGUUUGUCGAUAUAUGCUAGAUAUUGUGCA